AUUGCGCGAUUUGAGACAGGCGUGAGUUCUUAUGAACGGUGUGUUGCUUGAUAGCAUGCUUCACAGAACCUGCAACAUUACAGCUGGGUUCUUAUGGACGUCCUUCCUGCGGUCCCUGUAAACCCAUUGGUCAGAAAAUGGUGUCUUUUUCAAGAGUGGACGUUUGACCUUGUCAGUCAUUUAGUCACAUUUCCUCGUCGCUACGGACACAGGUUAAAUUCACACUCGGUCAUAUGCGCAUCAAGGAGUGAAAGAUAUCAAGAUGGCAAGCAAAAUACUGCUCCGUGCACACAGACUGACUUCGACAGCAAGAAAAAAUGUGUUUCUGAGAACACUUCAGCGUGCAAUCGCUAGUGGGGGCGGUAUUCCAACAAAUGAAGAGCAGGCUGUAGGAUUAGAAAGACGGGUGCUGCAAGCUAUGAAAAAGGGCGAGGACCCUUACAGCAUAUUAAAGCCAAAAGAGUAUGCUGGAACUAAGAAGGACCCUCACAUUGUCCCUGGCAUCAGUGAUAAACGCCUUGUUGGGUGCCUCUGUGAAGAGGACAACACUGCUAUUGUCUGGUUCUGGCUUCAUGCUGGGGAUCCCCAGCGCUGUCCUUCCUGUGGCUCAUACUACAAACUAAUCCAUCAUGAACUGCCUCAUUAAGCCCAUCUUCAUUCAGCAGUUCUGUUAAGCUUGACUAACUUUGGCACAUGAUCCAAAUAUAUACAAUGAAAUAAAAUCCUCAAAACCUCA